CACCACAGUCAGAGAAUUGGCACACAGGCGAAGAGGGAGGAGAAAGGCGCACUUUUCUACCCUGCGCUCGGGCGUCCACUUGUCUUCUGCUUGGUCCUUGUCAGGUAGUUGUACAUAGCAGUGGCGCUGUCAGACGGUGGCGGUGCUUUAAGGUAGUCACGGCGGCCCACAUCCAUCAUGUGAUUGCGUUGUCUUGACCCUUAUGUUGGGUGGUUUGAGGAGUGAAUGGGUUUAGCCCGGUACGCGGGGCAGCGAGCAUGGGAAAGUGACCAGGUUUUGUAGAAAUGCUUGAGCAGUUUUAGCCAACGCACGGGAGUUGUCAAUUGUCAUCACCUUGUGGUUAGUAAAAUGGAACCUGUUACAGUUGUGUGGUUUAGGAGAGAUUUGCGGUUGGAGGACAACCCAGCCCUGAUAUCAGCGGCACGGAUGGGUACAGUGGUUCCUGUGUUCAUCUGGGCACCUGAGGAAGAGGGGCAGUUUCAACCAGGCAGGUGCUCGCGUUGGUGGUUAAAGCAGAGUUUGUUGCACCUGGAUGUGACUCUGCAGAAAAUGGGGGCGCCGCUCAUACUCAGGAGGUGUGCAGACAGCGCUACAAUGCUGCUGGAUAUUGUGAAAGAGACAGGAGCAACGCAGGUCUUCUACAACCAUCUGUAUGACCCGGUCUCCCUAGUCCGCGACCACAGAGUGAAGCAGAGCCUUGUACAACACGGUGUCGUUGUCCACACAUUCAACGCAGACCUUCUGUACGAGCCCUGGGAAGUGUACGAUGAGCAGGGGCAUCCGUUCACGGUGUUUGAGAACUACUGGAAUAAGUGCUUGAACAUGCCGUUCGAGCCAGACGCGCCGCUGCUGGCGCCAAAGAAGCUGAGCGGGAUUGAGAUUGAAGUCCCCAGCUUGUCCCUGGAUGGCAUUGGCCUGGAGGACCCUCUCGAGGCGAGCAGCAACUCUCUGCUGGCACGGGCAUGGGCCCCUGGCUGGAGCAACGCAGACCGUGCGCUGGAGUCGUUCCUCAGGGGGGCGCUCGCUUCGUAUGCAACUGCCAGGACCAAGACUGACACUACCACAACCAGCCUGCUUUCGCCUCACUUACACUUUGGGGAGCUGAGCGUGCGCAAGAUCUUCCACGAGAGCCGCAAGCUGCAGCUGCUCUGGAGCCGCGAUGGUGCCAGCGUCGCGGUGACUAGCGUGGACCUUUUUCUGCGCUCCAUCGGGCUGCGCGAGUACUCGCGCUACCUCAGCUUCAACUUCCCCUUCACGCACGAGCGGUCUCUGCUGGCCAAUCUCAAGUCGUUCCCCUGGGCCAUCGACGAGAAGGCGUUCAAGGCCUGGCGCCAGGGGCGCACCGGGUACCCCUUGGUCGAUGCCGGCAUGCGGGAGCUUUGGGCGACCGGCUGGCUGCACAACAAGAUACGGGUGGUCGCCUCCAGCUUCUGCGUCAAGUUCCUGCAGCUCCCGUGGCGGUGGGGCAUGAAGUAUUUCUGGGACACGUUACUGGACGCGGAUCUUGAGAGUGACGUCCUUGGCUGGCAGUACAUCUCUGGCAGCCUGCCGGACGGCCACGAGCUUGAUCGGAUGGAGAACCCGCAUGUUGAGGGCUACAAGUACGACCCCGAGGGCGAGUACGUCCGCCGGUGGCUCCCCGAGCUGUCCCGGCUGCCCACCGAGUGGGUGCACCACCCCUGGGAUGCGCCCAGUAACGUCCUCCGGGCGGCCGGUGUGGAGCUCGGGUCAAACUACCCCCAGCCCAUCGUCGAUGUCGAGGCCGCGCGGGAACGCCUGGCCGCGUCGCUGUCGGCAAUGUGGGCGAGCGAGGCGGCGCUCAAGGCGGGGGGCUUGGAGGAGGGGCUUGGGGAGACCCCGGCAGUGGCGGUCGGAGCAGGCAUCUCCGGCUUUGGUCGCUCCAGCGCAGCGGGCAGCUCGCGGCGCGACCAAAUGGUCCCCGACAUGGCGCCCGCGCCGAGUCUGGCCGCAGAAGAAGCGGCGGCGCACAUCUUGGGUCACCAGGAGGCUUAUCAGCACGAGCUUUCUUCCCCCACUCCUCCAGAGAGGCUUGACGCCAGCUCGGCCGAGCGGCCAGUCGAUCAAGCGCAGCCCCUGCCGGGCUUCCGAGAAUUGAAUCAGGACGGUGCGGGCCUCAUGCGGGAGCCCCAGCUGCCCCUCCGGCGAGGCUCCGAGAGCGACAUUCUUUCCACCGCCGAGUCAUCGUCCUACCCGCGCCCCAGCGAAGGGGGCGCGAACGCCCCCAAGGUGCCAGACCCGAAAAAUAGCUGGCCGUACGCAAGUCCCGAUCUGGCCUCGGGUUUACAGGCUGCCGCGGAUGCAGCUAGGGCCCAAACUUACACAGGGAUCCCCUUCAAUAAAAAGCACCUGCUCGAACUACAGGAUGGCACGCCGCUGGAAGAUCCCUUGAUGAAGCGAUCCCGAAUGCGACAGAUGGCAAGCCCACCAAUCCAAGGAGGGCGUUGAGCGAGGCAGGUUGUAGAGUUUAGUUGCGUCUUAUUUUCUUUGGAACUAGAAGUCAAGGACGGGGGAGAGAUAUGGCACAUGUUUUCUUUUGACCAAAGCUACAAGCGGAGCUUGCAAUCAGCCUAGCGUUUGUUUCUAGGUGUCUCGAUUAGUUGGCAUGCAUGUAAGGCGCAGGGGUAAGUGGGUGCUUGGUUGAGCAUCAACCAGUAGCAUUCUCAAGCAUACCGUUGAUUUAGUUGAGCCUCGGGGGAUCUGCAUGCGACUUCCAAAACAGCGUGAAAAACUGUGCUUAAUAGUUUAUCAGCCCGUAGAAGGUAGAUGGGCUAAAGAAACGGGAAUGUUUGGGUCGUAAAGUUGGAAGCUGGUCAAGCAGGUUGUUCGUUGACAGUUCCAAAGCUGCUGCUUUUCACCACGUUGUGGUCCUUCAAAAAUCAAAAAUCAACGUGCAAGAUUAGAACUUCGUACGGUGUCUGGUUUGGAGAGGUACGAUGGUACGCAUGAAGUCCGAUGCGUUAGAGGGGGCCGAACUCAGGGUAUGUGUCGAGUCAACAAAGUGACAGCCAUGAUCUUUGGCCUCUUUGACAAAAACGUCAAUGUUAUGCUCGAAUUGAAAGUGGACGGUCUGGUAAGGUCGCCCAUGAGCCGCC